GGAAGUAGUCCUACAUUCGCGGUCAGCGAGGGGUCUCCGGGCGCCCUGCAGGGCGGGCAGGCUGUGCCAUCCCGCAGCCGGACGUCGGGAUGGUGCAGCUGUACAACCUGCACCCGUUCGGGUCGCAGCAGGUGGUGCCCUGCAAGCUGGAGCCGGACCGGUUCUGUGGCGGGGGGCGUGACGCGCUUUUCGUGGCGGCGGGCUGCAAGGUGGAGGCGUUCGCGGUGGCCGGCCAGGAGCUGUGCCAGCCGCGGUGCGCCUUCUCCACGCUGGGCCGGGUGUUGCGCCUGGCCUACAGCGAGGCUGAAAGGCCUCUGGCUGGAUUCCACUCAUCUCGGAUACUUAAGCAAACAACAACAAAAAACUCUUUAGUGCCUCAGAUUUCAAAGACUUACCAAAAAAACAAGUAGGAAUAAGGAGACUAGUACUGUAUCCUGGAACCUCCAAGUACUCCCAGCUUUAACAAUUAUUCCAGCUCUUGGCAGUUCUUUCACAUCUGUACCUCCAUCCACUUCCGGAGAUUAUUUGGUAGCAAUUGAAGAGAAAAACAAAGCUACAUUUCUACGUGCUUAUGUGAACUGGAGAAAUAAAAGGACUGAAAACUCUCGUGUGUGUAUCCGAAUGAUUGGGCAUAAUGUGGAGGGACCAUUCAGCAAAGCCUUCAGAGACCAGAUGUACAUUAUUGAAAUGCCGCUUUCGGAGGCCCCCUUGUGCAUUUCCUGUUGCCCUGUGAAAGGAGACCUUCUCGUUGGCUGCACAAAUAAAUUAGUCUUAUUUAGUUUGAAGUACCAGAUCAUUAAUGAGGAAUUCUCACUAUUGGACUUUGAACGUUCUUUAAUUAUACACAUAGAUAAUAUCACUCCUGUUGAGAUUUCUUUUUGUGUUGGAUAUGUUGCUGUCAUGUCAGACUUAGAAGUCUUAAUCGUAAAACUGGAGUCAGGCCCUAAAAAUGGAGAGAGAGUUCACCACCAUUCACAUAAGACCAACAAUCGAAUAAGACGGACAGAAGAAGGCAUCAGUAAUGAAAUUUCACAGCUUGAGUCAGAUGAUUUUGUCAUCUGCCAGAAGCCCCUGGAACUUCUUGGUGAAAAAAGUGAACAGUCUGGAUUAUCUGUUACACUGGAGUCUACGGGAUUAGCUGAUGAAAAAAGAAAAUAUUCCCACUUUCAGCACCUGCUCUAUAGACGUUUUGCUCCUGAUAUUUCGUCCUAUGUCUUGUCUGAUGACAUCAAGCUACAUUCCCUCCAGCUGCUACCCAUUUACCAGACCGGUUCUCUUACGUCUGAUGGAAAAAAUUUGCCUCAGGAAAAAGAAUUGCUGAGUCUCUUUUGCUUUUUCUCCUUACCUCAUGUGGGCUAUCUCUACAUGGUUGUCAAAUCUGUUGAAUUGAUGUCAGUCUACCAGUAUCCUGAAAAGUCUCAGCAGGCAGUACUCACGCCACAAUUUUUGCACGUCAUUACAAGUAACAACCUGCAGUGUUUCACUGUGCGGUGCAGUGCGGCGGCAGCUCGUGAGGAGGACCCGUACAUGGACACCACCCUGAAGGCUUGCCCACCUGUCAGUAUGGAUGUCUGUGCUUUAAGAAUACAGCUUUUCAUAGGCUUGAAAGCCAUCUGUCACUUUAAAAACCACAUCAUACUUUUGACUAAAGCAGAACCUGAAGCCAUUCCAGAGAGAAGACAGUCACCCAAGAGGCUUCUUUCGAGAAAAGAUACCAGUGUUAAAAUCAAAAUACCUCCUGUAGCUGAGGCUGGGUGGAAUUUGUAUAUUGUGAAUACGAUCUCACCAAUGCAACUGUACAAAGAGAUGAUAGACUAUAGCAAUACCUAUAAGACUGUCAAAACCCAGAGCUGCAUUCACCUUCUCAGUGAGGCUCAUCUGUUAGUGCGAGCUGCCCUGAUGGAUGCCAGUCAGCUGGAACCUGGAGAGAAGGCAGAGCUUUUGGAAGCAUUUAAGGAAAGCUGUGGGCACCUUGGGGACUGUUACAGCAGGCUUGACUCCCAGCAUUCUCAUCUCACCUUGCCAUACUAUAAGAUGUCUGGUUUGUCUAUGGCUGAAGUUCUGGCCCGCACGGACUGGACAGUAGAGGAUGGAUUACAGAAAUACGAGAGAGGAUUAAUCUUUUACAUUAAUCAUUCACUUUAUGAAAACCUGGAUGAAGAAUUAAAUGAAGAAUUAGCAGCAAAAGUGGUUCAGAUGUUUUAUGUGGCUGAGCCAAAGCAAGUGCCCCAUAUUCUCUGUAGUCCUUCUAUGAAGAAUAUUAAUCCUUUAACUGCCAUGAGCUAUCUAAGGAAGCUGGAUACUUCUGGGUUUUCAUCGAUCUUAGUGACAUUGACCAAGGCAGCAGUGGCUCUGAAAAUGGGAGAUCUUGACAUGCACAGAAAUGAAAUGAAAAGCCAUUCAGAGAUGAAGUUGGUAUGUGGCUUCAUUCUGGAACCUCGGCUGUUGAUUCAACAGAGAAAGGGACAGAUUGUUCCAACCGAGCUUGCACUUCACUUGAAGGAGACUCAGCCUGGAUUGCUUGUGGCUUCAGUUCUGGGCUUGCAGAAGAACAACAAAAUUGGAAUUGAAGAAGCAGAUUCCUUUUUUAAGGUGCUUUGUGCUAAGGAUGAAGAUACAAUUCCUCAGCUCUUGGUAGACUUUUGGGAAGCUCAGCUAGUGGCAUGUCUCCCAGAUGUGGUACUUCAGGAACUCUUUUUCAAACUCACAUCACAGUACAUCUGGAGAUUGUCUAAGAGGCAGCCUCCUGACACCACACCAUUGCGAACAUCGGAGGAUCUGAUAAAUGCCUGUAGUCAUUAUGGCUUAAUUUAUCCAUGGGUUCACGUCGUAAUAUCAUCUGAUUCUUUAGCUGAUAAAAAUUAUACAGAAGAUCUUUCAAAAUUACAGUCUCUUAUAUGUGGUCCUUCAUUUGACAUAGCUUCCAUUAUUCCGUUCUUGGAGCCACUUUCAGAAGACACUAUUGCCGGCCUCAGUGUCCAUGUUCUGUGUCGUACACGCUUGAAAGAGUAUGAACAGUGCAUAGACAUACUGUUAGAGAGAUGCCCGGAGGCAGUCAUUCCAUAUGCUAAUCAUGAACUGAAAGAAGAGAACCGGACUCUGUGGUGGAAAAAACUGCUGCCUGAACUUUGUCAGAGAAUAAAAUGUGGUGGAGAGAAAUAUCAACUCUACCUGUCAUCAUUAAAAGAAACAUUGUCAAUUGUUGCUGUGGAACUAGAACUGAAGGAUUUCAUGAAUGUUCUCCCAGAAGAUGGUACUGCAACAUUUUUCUUGCCAUAUCUUCUCUAUUGCAGUCGAAAGAAAUCAUUGACUUAAAGGUAUCAUUUGAAAAAUACCAUAAUGGCAUUUGAGACUGAAUUUCUAAAAAUUGAAUGCCAAAGUACAAGUAGAGGAGUUUUUUAUUUUAUAUAACACACACACACACACACACACACACACACACACACACACACGAUACAAAUGCUUUCAGGCUGCUUACCUUACCGUGUAGUGGUAACUAUUCACUUCUUAAUUUAUGACCUCAAUCAAUUUAAUUGUCUAGAAUGUAAAAAGUCUUUAAGACAUAAGAAUUCCUCAAAGAAGCCAUACAUUUUUUAAGGUGGGGAUUGACUUUUAUUCCAAGGAACAACAUCAGUUCACUGUUGUUGGAGACAUGACAAUCAUUUUCAUCCCAAGAACACUUUAAGGAAACAUUUUACAAGUAUGCUUGAAAGAAUGUCACUAACUGGUCCAGAAUUUUAUCUUCUUGAUUUUUCCAGAUUUCUCUAUGUUUUUGAGAAAGAUAUUAAUGUUUUGCCAUGGUAAAAGAUUUCAAACCUCAUUUUUUUUGUUCCUUUUCUUGUUACUUUUAAGAAAACUCAUGCUCUGUUUCUCUGAAUCAAAUGAAGUAGAAGUUUACAAAGCUAACUUUCUUCUUGUCUAGCUAUUAACAUGAUUUGUCAAAUGCAUGUUUUUUUCAGCCAAAGCCUUGUUUCCAUUUUUUGUUGAUGUGUACUCUUGCUCUUUUAGCUAGAGUGUAUGUGAAAAUAAAGAAAUAUAUCAUUGUAUUCACAA